ACGAUCCAGACGUUCUGGUGGUGCCGGAUGGCCAACGGCGCUAAUUGAGACACGAGCUGGGCUUGUUGAGCAGGUUUCGCCUCCAGUGCGUGCCUCGCGAGCGACUGUCGUCAGUGCGCUCACUGCGAUUUGGAGGAUGGCGCGAAUGUGUUGGCUGACUUUGGGGGCCUUUUUGGCCGCCAACGUCGCCCGGGCUUCGUCUUCGACGGCCAGUCAGGAAUUGGAGUUCACCUUCUUGUUGGCGGCGGGCAGCACAGAGUGCUUCUACCAGACCGUAGACAGGGACAGCAUCCUGGAAUUUGAAUACCAAGUGAUUGGCGAGUCGAAUCUGGACGUGAGCUUCGUCAUGAUUUCACCCAGCGGCCGGCGAGAGUUUGACGACAGGAGGAGAGGUCACGCCACCCACAAGCUGGAGCGCACCGAUCAAGGCGACUACCAGCUGUGCUUUGACAACAGCUUCAGUAAGGUGAAGGAGAAAAUGUUGUUCUUCACGCUGCUCAUCAGCAACCCCAACAGCACGGCACAAGACCAGGGCAUCGUGGGCAACGCCACCGCCGGCCAAACCUUGGAGUACAAGCUGGCGGACUUCAUGACGCGUCUGAAUGCGUUGCACGUGAAAAUCCAAAGGGCCCGCGUGAUCCAGCUCAUGUUGAGGACCUUCGACACACGGGACCAGCGCCUGCAGGACAACAACCUGUGGAGGGUCGGCUUCGGGUCGUGCGUCAGCGUCAUCGUCAUCCUGGGCGUGGCCACCGCGCAGGUUCGCAUUCUCCAGUCGCUCUUUCCCGAGAGCUAGGACUGCUCGCGUCGCCCGCCGGGGGCGCCGUAGGGAGGGGGCAGCGCUGGCCGAUGAGAAGCUGUGCGUGCUUGUACCUCAAAUCCACUUUUUUUUUUUUUUUUU